AUGUCAGCUCAGCAGUCACCACUUUCAGAAAGUACAAUCCAGACUCCAGAUAGCCUUGGCCUUUCUGAUGAUAAGAAGGACGACUGGGAAGCGGGACAACUUCGAGCGCCAGAGCAGCGCCUCUGCAGUCCGGGAUACAAGUGCCCAGUUCGCGAACGCCUAAAGCAUUUCACGUGGGCUUGGUUUGCAGUCACCAUCAGCACUGGAGUUCUAGGCCUUCUUUUCCAUAACACACCUCACCGUUUCGACGGGCUUAACGCUAUUGGUAAAGUAGCGUUCAUCAUGUCCAUUACUAUGUUUGUUCUCUCCACCGCUGCAAUUACGUAUCGAUUCAUAAAGACGCCUCGAGGAUUAAAGACGAGCUUACUGCAUCCUACCGAGAGUCUAUUCUUCCCAGCAUUCCUGUUGAGUAUAGCUAUCAUUCUUGCCAACUCAGCCAUAUACGGUAUUCCAGCAUCAGGACCUUGGCUACCUGUGGCUCUUCGUGUGUGCUUCUGGAUCUAUGCCGCCUUGGCUCUCUUAUCAUCAGUAAUUCAAUACACCAUCGUCUUUCACGGGGCUAAGCUUCAAAUCAAGUCUAUGAGUCCUCUUUGGAUCUUUCCCAUCUUCCCUACUCUUUUAACCGGAGUCUUGGCUUCAACAAUUGCGCCGUCGCAACCCCCCUCGAAUCGACUGCCCAUCCUCGUCGCAGGAGUUACCUAUCUGGGUCUGGGGUUCAGUGUCGCCUUCAUUUUGUACGCUCUAUACCUCUAUCGACUCACGCAGGAGGGAUUCCCGGCUCCUCCAAUGCGUCCCGGUAUGUUUAUCGCAGUAGGACCGCCGGGGUUCACAGCAACAGGCUUGAUCGGCCUCUCCAGAUCCAUCCCGGUCAACUAUGCCUACUUUGCCAGAUUUCCAGCUGCGCCACAGAUAUUAAGGGUUCUUGCACUUUGGAUUGGCAUUUGGCUGUGGGCUUUGGCUUUCUGGUUCUUUUCCUUCAGCCUCAUUGCGCUUACUAUAGGCAUAACUAAGGGGCGGAUCCGCUUCUCUAUGGCAUGGUGGGCAAUUGUCUUCCCAAACACAGCCUUUACUAUUGCAACAUGUCUUAUCGGCGAAGAGCUUGGCAGUGAUGGUAUUAAAGGCGUGGCAAGUGCUAUGACGAUCUUGAUUGUAAUUGGAUGGCUAGUUGUGUUUGCUUCAAACGUACGGGCUGUUAUACUCAGCAAGAUACUAUGGCCUGGGCGUGAUGAAGAUUUUGGGCAUUAUAAACCCCAUAAAUCAGGCGCAAGCCACCGAAAAUGA